AUAAUAACAGUGGGAUAGCUCAAGAGAACACAGAAAAUACAGAAAACAUCCAUCUGAGCGACUUUUGUUCAGCGAGUCUCUGCUUUUAAGGAUGGCCCAUAUAAAGAGGUUUGCUGGAAUUCCCAUGUCUAAGUGUAUGAGAGAAAUGUGCAGAGAGGAGGACUACAUGUUCCUACAGGACCCGAGAGACCAGGGCAAGACUCCUGAGGGCACCACGCUUCAGGACACUGAGUGGCAGCAAAAGCGGGAGGAAAGGAUUCGGCGGAGGGUGGAGAGAGAGCAGCAAGAGCAGGAAAGGCAGCGGCAGCUGGAGGAGCAGCAGAGGAAGAAGGAGGAGGAGUGGAGGAGUCAUGUGGCGAAACUAGCAUCUGAACGCGAGUCUCUACGUGACAGAUUACACAGGCUACGUGAAUUCAGGGACUUUCAGAAAAAGGUGCUGAUACAGGACCUGGGCCUGGAUCCAGACUCAUCCAAUGAGAAGCUGACAAAAAUCCUUAGGAGAUUGUAAUGGUGGUUAUUUGAAGAGACAGAAACACUGAAUGUAAAAUAUGCUGGAGGAAAACCUUUAAAAUAUGAGAUAUGUAGUGAACAGCUUUAUAGUUAAACAUUAAUCUAUUAUAUUUUACUGUGAAGAAAAUCAACGUUUUCAACUUUGCAACACCUGUUUGCCAUUCAAUGAGAUUUUAUUGCUGCUUAAAAAAUAACACAGUAUAUACACUGACACGCGAGACUGUAACUAGUGUAUCCCUUAAUUUUGUCCAUGACCAUGUCCCAUUUUCUUAUUAACACCGUACUGGUCUGUGGGAUAUCUGUGUAGUGGAUCUCCUGCAUUAAAUGUGGAUGUGAUUUCUGCCAGAGUCUGUAUGUCCCAUUCAUCUGGCACCAUGAAACCACUGGCAUUCAACCAGUGUUCAGCUUUAUUCACAAGAUAACAACUCACAAUUUAAACUAGUGUCUGCGUUCCCAAGCCAUAUUAUAAAGUAACACAUCAUGAUCAAUUUUCAUUCUGCUAUCUCAUGACUUGGCAGAUAAGUGGCAUAAAUGCAUAUUAAUUUAUUUAAUUCUGUAAUGCAUGAUGGUGUUAUAUACUUAAACUUAACUAAAACUUAAUUUAACACAAUAGUUAAUUGAUAGCAGAUAAUUGCUCAUUUAUUAACAUAUACUACUGAUGUAGGUGUAAAGCUUGUGUUUGUAAAACUGACCCAUAAGAAUGUAUUUCACAGGAACACAAUAACGCGUUUUGGGACCAAGUCCUUUAGUAAUGUUUGCAGUGUAGUAGGUUUCAGUUGAACUGUAUGUUUUGUUUUGAACAUGCUGUAAAAUAUAGAUUGAAGAUUUUGUUUUAACACAAAUAAAUAAAGUCUGUUUUACGUAA